AUGGCCACAAAUCUCCCAUUGGUUCCCCUCUUCACAUUUCUCUUCUGCUUCAUCUCUUCACUCUUCUUCUCCCCUUCUCUUUCCGCCACAACAACAGACGGCAAUCACCACGACGUCAAAUGGUGGUGCGACCAAACCCCGAACCCGGACCCGUGCAACCACUUCCUCGUGGCCCAAAACCCGCAACCCGCUACCGUCGUCACCUCUUCCUUAGCCUUCCGCAAAACCGCCAUCCAACUCGCCAUGGGCCGGGCCAUGACGGCCCAGGCCCACAACAAACAACUCGGAACGAAGUGCCGCACCCGCAAAGAAAAGGCCGCAUGGGCCGACUGCAUGGACCUCUACACCGCCGCCGUCCGCCACCUCAACGCCACCCUAACCGAGCCCAAAUCCACCGACUCCGACGCCAGGACCUGGCUCAGCGCCGCGCUGACCAGCCUCGACACGUGUCGGGCCGGGUUUCGAGACCUCGGGUUGUCGGGCCCCGCCCACCGCCUCCUCCCGAUGAUGACCAACAACAACGUCUCCAAGCUGCUCAGCAACGCCCUCGCCGUGACCGGCGGCGGCGGCGGAGAGGACUUUGACCCGCCGCGUGGUGAGUACAGGGACGGGUUUCCGGGCUGGGUCAACGCCGGGGACAGGAGGAGGCUGCUGCAGUCGCCGGCGGCGGAUGUUGUGGUGGCGAAGGACGGGUCGGGGGAUUUCAGGACGGUGGCGGAGGCGGUCAAGGCGGCGGGGAAGAGGGGAGGUGCCCGGAGGUUUGUGAUAAGGGUGAAGAGAGGGGUGUAUAAGGAGAAUGUGGAGGUGGGGAGCGGGUUGAAGAACGUGAUGCUGGUCGGAGAUGGGAUGAGGAACACUGUUAUUACCGGCAGCCGGAGCGUCGGCGGUGGGUCUACUACUUUCCGGUCUGCGACGUUUGCGGUGAACGGCGCCGGAUUCAUCGCCCGCGGCAUCACCUUCCGCAACACCGCCGGUCCACAGAACCACCAGGCGGUGGCCCUCCGAUCGGACUCCGACCGGUCGGUAUUCUACCAAUGCAGCAUCGAGGGAUACCAGGACACGCUCUACGUCCACUCCCAACGCCAGUUCUACAGAGAGUGCUACAUCUACGGCACGGUGGACUUCAUCUUCGGCAACGCCGCCGCCGUCCUCCAGAACUGCAUGAUCUACGCGAGGCGGCCGAUGAAGAGCCAGAAGAUCACGAUCACGGCGCAGGGCAGGACAGACACGAACGAGAACACGGGCAUCUCGAUCCACAACUCUCGGGUCCUGGCUGCCGCGGACCUGAAACCGGUGGUCGGAUCGUUCAGGACGUUCUUGGGCAGGCCCUGGAGGAAGUACUCCCGCGUUGUGUUCAUGAGGACGUACCUCGACUCGCUGGUUGAUCCGGCGGGCUGGCUCGAGUGGGACGGGGACUUUGCGUUGAACACUCUGUACUACGGCGAGUAUGGGAACACGGGUCCUGGAGCUCCGACGGGUCGGAGGGUGAAAUGGCGGGGUUACAGGGUCAUCAGGAGUGCGGCUGAAGCGUCGAGGUUUACUGUUGACAACUUCAUAGCGGGAAGGUCGUGGCUUCCAGCUACAGGUGUCCCAUUCAACUCUGGUCUUUAG